AUGGCAAGAAAAGACGCAACAAAGAAGCCCAACACCAAGAAGAGCAGUGUCUCUGUGAUUGCAAAUGCGAAAAACGAGGCUAAUGUUGCUACAAGGUCACUGAAAACACAAUCACAAUUGGGGGAGCCGUUUCUUGCACAAAUAACGAUACCCAUCUCUGCUACGUACAGCCAGUAUGUGAAAGAUUUGAAGGGCAGCUCUAGGUUGAGACUCAUUGACACGUUCUUGGCGUUUCUUGUUGCUGUUGGUGUUGUGCAGUUUGGAUUCUGCGUACUUGGUGGGUCGUUCCCCUUCAAUGCCUUCCUUUCUGGAUUUGGAGCAACUGUUGGCCAGUUUGUGCUAACUGUUGCAUUGCGGUUGCAAAGCGCCGAAUCAAACAAGCAACUCUUUAAGGGACUGUUACCCGAACGGGCCUUUGGAGAAUACAUCUUUGCCAGUCUCUUGUUGCAUUUUGUUCUGAUCCACUUUAUCAACUAG